ACUAACCAACAAAACGCACACUUUCUUCUGCUGUAGAUCAGCCUCACUCCGGCUGUUAUCCGCUGUCCCUCGCGGUGAGCUUCAACUUCAUUCUGCCAGUUUAACCGAGGCCUUGUUUUUCUAAGAUGCAUGACGGAACAACUAAAAACAGUAGGCUAAUUAAAAGCGCCGUUCAAAGCAUAAUUAUAGGAAAAUGCAUACGCAGAUUACAGUCCGUUUGUAUUUUUAAAUUAAGCUUUGCUGUCAAUUGAGAUAAGCUAAUAUUUUUCUGAAUUUCAAAAAUACAUUUCUAAACGGUUGUAGUUUCAUUUCUGUACAUAUCAGCAAAUUUACCCCGUGUAAAUCGACGAAAAAGGUCCCAUAAUGCCAGAUAUGCAGCGGCAUGAACAGCGGGCGAUUUUUAGAGAUGAAAUAUCUUACUGCUGAAGUGAGCUGGCCCUUUGCGUUUGAAUUAUGGCAAAGAAGAUUUGGUGCAGCUGAAGGGGACGAUCUCUCUCUCUCUCUCUCUCCCUCCCUCUAUUUCUCUCUCUUACAUGCACACACAAACACACACACACACACACACACACUUUGUUCUAUACUCACAAGUAUUAUCGGCUGUGAUAUACUGCCUGGCUGCACUUAUUUAACAAAAUACACUUAUUUAACAAAUCAUUGAGACAGUAAAUUUUUUAAAUAUAAUUUUGGUAUAAAAUAUAACUGGUAUAGGCAUGUAGCUACUUGUAGUGAAUGUAUUAUUCUUAUCAUUUAACGUUAGCUAAAAAAAUAUUUUUUUAAAUUAUUUAACGUGCUCAUUACAAUUACAAGUUAGAAAUGUUUAAAUAAGAUCGAACAGGAAUAUCGACAAAUCAUUAAUUUGUAAUAAAGAGUGGGAGCGUUAAGUAUAUUGUAAUCCGACUGAGCUCCUCCUCCCGGCCAUGCCCUCUAAUUAACGGGGCUCCUUUCCUGCUAAAGUCUGCAUCGGACUGCAACAUAGUCAAAGAGCAAGAGGGAGAGAGAAAGAAAGAAAGAGAGAAAGUGAGGGGGAGAGAGAGAGAGAAAACUGCCACUGGAUGUAAUUGAUUGUCUUGCUAUCAAGAAUAACUUGUUAGUAAUAGUCAAUUCUGGCUGCUUUUGAGGCUGACUGUUUCCACUGAAGCAUCAGAGGUUGUCAGGCUGGUACUCACUGAAGCUAAACCGCUAUCCAGGAACUGAGGACAGCAGACGCGGCAUUUUUAAGAAAAAAGACUCAAAAGUUCUCCAGCCCUGCGGCAAAAGCAACAACAUGCUGCUGAUCGGCUACAUCUAAUUCCACGGAUUUUGGGGAUAUAUUCUCAUUUAGUUUACGCACUGUUUUUAAUUAUUUGUGUAAGCUGAGCUAUUUAGAGUUGUGCGAUUUCGAAACAUUUUCUGCUCUACUCUAGCUCCAACAUACUUUGAAACUUUAAAAGCUAAAAGCUUAAAAAGACACACAAUGACCUCCAAAGAAGACGCAAAAGGCGCCUCGGUUGAGGAUCGAAGGCGCAGCCCGUUGGACCACCUUCCUCCACCUGCUAACUCAAACAAGCCUCUUACUCCGUUCAGCAUAGAGGAUAUUUUAAAUAAACCUUCUGUCAAACGAAGUUACACACUUUGCGGUACAGCGCACCUGCUUUCUUCCGGUGAGAAGCACCCGAACACUGGCCAUCCGCUUUCCACUCGGUCGCUGCUCACCCAGACAUCUCCACUGUGCGCACUGGAGGAACUCGCCAGCAAAACCUUCAAAGGACUGGAAGUCAGCGUUCUGCAAGCGGCAGAAGGAAGGGACGGCAUGACACUCUUUGGUCAGAGGAAUACGCCCAAAAAGCGAAGAAAGUCGAGAACAGCCUUUACCAAUCACCAAAUCUAUGAACUGGAGAAAAGGUUUCUUUAUCAGAAAUAUCUGUCUCCUGCUGAUCGAGAUCAGAUUGCUCAGCAGCUCGGGCUCACGAAUGCUCAAGUCAUCACAUGGUUCCAGAACCGCCGAGCCAAACUAAAAAGAGACCUGGAGGAGAUGAAAGCGGAUGUGGAAUCGGCUAAAGCGGUAGGCAAUGUACCUUUAGAAAAAAUCGCCAAACUGGCAGACCUUGAGAAAUGUGUGAAUGGUACUCUCGGAGAAUCACUGGCCAAGUCUCCAAGUCGAUCUAAUCACGAGCACGAGGGCACCAACAAACUGUACAUGUCGCCAUCAUCACCAUUUACAGACCACACAACGAGCAAAGAGUGUUCAGAGGAUGAAGACGAGGAAAUUGAUGUCGAUGACUGAUUGUCUUUGAACUGCAUCGGUAUUAUUUACCUUUUUCUGAGAUGGUCCUCGAAAAACCAUACAAGUUGAAAGUGCCAUUAAUGCACCAAAUGUAUGAAAUGAGUUGUAUUAAAAGCAAAACAAAUCGAUAUACAAAAAAUCAAAGCAAGCAUGGGACAGUUUCUUCAGAUCUAUUUAUGCAGUGACAUUUAUCUAAUAUCGUAAUCCUUUAGCCUAUUCGUUUAAACAAAUAGCUGAAGAGCAAUAAGUACCUUGACAAUAUUCGAGUCAGAUAUAAACACACACACACAUACACACUUAAAGCACGAUUGCCCACACUAAAGUUUUUUUUUACCCUGUUUUAAAUUUAAAUGCAUGUUUUAUUUUGUUUCACGAAAUGAUUUUAUUCGAAAUGGCUGCAUAUCGUAUAUAGAUGUUUCAAAACAUCCGAAAUUUAAUUCACAUGUGCAGCACCGCUACGUGUCCCUAUUCUGCCUUUUGGCCUAUAUCAAAAUCGUUUGAUAAAAGAGUGUAUUAUAGUACAUUUCCUACAAAAGCUAUCACAGGACAAAAAGAGAAAAAAUCGACUUCUCUGAUUAAAUAUGGACUGUCACGUUUUAAUAUAUUUCUUAUUGUUUGUAUGCCUGUAAGUGCCUUUUUAAGCCAGGAAACCAUUUAAACCAAGUGUACAAAGUGUAAUGUAUUUAAAAAGAAAUAAAAAUGUCUUUCUCUAAAUUUUUGAUGUUAGUCUGACAGUUUUAUUUAUUAUUUUGGGUACUUAGUAAGUAAUCAAUUAAUUUAAAUAAAAAAUGUAGCCAAUAACAAAGGCCUCCUUUGUGUCUGUAGAAGCGUUUAUUUUCCUACGCCUCUGACUGCCCACUUUAAUUUAUUGAAAUUUACGCGGACACUAUUUUAAAAAUCUAUUGAAUAUUUUCUAGUUUCGAGUUGUUUACGCUUUUGAUUUUCAAACGCCAUAACAUGUUUUUCUGUCCUCCCGAAGUGUUUUCAAUAUCCACAAUGGAUGUGUGUGAGAAACGCAAAUCUGGAUUGAUGAAUGCGCGAAUAAAGGAUGCCUAAAACGCAGGGUUUUUGGCUCGUUUCUCUGCGGUUGAAAGAAGCUAUUUCCCUACAAACUGAAGAGAGGCAGUCGUUUAUAGCGUAAGGCGUGAAAACUGGGGACAAAUGAGCAGUCUCCCCUGAUGUGACAAGCUACAAUGAAGCAUGCUCUGCCUCCCGCGGCUCUCAAUACGGAGACAAGCGUGUCCCACCGAACAAAAAGGACACAAACGUUUGGAGGCCAUAUGGUUUUUGAAUUUUCCUCACAAUUUUCAGACAAUUUGAUGGAUUGAGCUGGCCUUCUUUUUAAAGUGUUUCGCUCAGUUUUCA